UCGGUGUCGAGUCAAGCUCCGACACGGUUCAGCCGAGUUCAGUCGCGCCAUUCGGCCGUGGUUGUUCACGUGUCGGCCCCGUGUGCACAUUUCCGUGUUCCGUGUUUCCGGCCCCCCAAGGGGAAAGAAAAAAGGGGAGGAGGAAAGAGAGAGAGAGAGAGAGGAGGGGAGUGGAAAGGAAGUGGAUCCCCGCGUUCGAUGGUCCCGAUCGGAGAGGCCCGCCAAGAUCGACGCAAGGAUGCCUAACGAGAACGCGCCAGUGUGCGGGUGCGGGGUGGUGGUCGAUCUGCCGAAGUCGCGAAAUGGCGCGCUGUCCUCGAGACGGCUCACGAUCAGAAUACCCAAGUCGAAGGGUGGGAAAUCGGACGGGCGGGCUGCCAAGAAGCAGGACGACGCUCGUGGGAAGAGCAGAACUUCCGAAACGGGAAGUUGCAGCUCGGUGACGGAGCAAGCCAGGCCGGUUACGAAGAGCAGCAAACACGAGAAGCGUUUGAAUCACUCGAGGAGGACCCGGAGCGCCGACAGGGCGGAGUCGCACUACACUUACAUAGAGUCCGGCUCGAGCAUUCUUGGCGGUGGGAUAAGGGAGAACGCUAUCCCGGAGGCGUUGUACGCCACCAUUCCAGACACGGCGAACGCGACCGCCAACGAAACCGGAAAUGGUCAAUUAAACGCGCAAAGCAGGCCGGUAUACGCCAUUCCCUCCAUGGUGUCGCCACCGCCCACCUACGACGUGGCCAUCUCGAAAACAUGGCAGACCGGCCUCCCGCCCACCUACGAGGAAUACUUGUGCCACAGGUACGCCAUGAUCUCUCGUUCCCAUACACCACCGCCGCCAUGGUCGGACUCCACGUCGACCGCCACGUCGACACCCACCGCGCCCACAGUUCAAACUCGCCGCGAACUGUUGGCAAGUCAACCAGAGCUGAGGGAAUACCUGGCUCAAUUGUCGCUCUCUCAAAACAACGACAGGCCGGCCGGCCAUCAUCACCACCACCACCACCAGGGAACCGUGCUCAGAGACAGCAGCUAUCUCUCGAAUCAGCAAGCCUCGAGGGAACAAGCGAGGACGCAGCAACGUCCACGGGCCAUGCCUCCCAGGUCCCAGAGCGAGAGCCGCGUGCAACAGCAGAGAAUCGCGACCAUGUACGAGGACGGCGCGUUCUGCAUGGAAACGACCGCGCUGCAAUCGGCGUUCGAGAACGGGAUAGCCUUGUGCAGCCUGAUGUAAUCAGCAGGCCUCGGCCUGCCACCGAUGUCCCAGAGAACGGAGGGGGAGGAAGGAUGAUCCCAGGAACGAAAUCUUUUUUUUUUCCCCCUCGUUUAUUCGAGGUCACCGUUCGAAGAGAAGGGAAGAAGAAAAUCGUGGAUGCAACGAAGCCAAGCCCUGUGUCAAAGUUCCCCUCCGACAAAUCCCUUUCGUAUCGAUCUCCCUCCCCUCUUAACUUCCCCCUUCUUAUCUUCUUUUCUUUAUCUUCAUCGACGGAGAUGGAAUGAAAAAAUGAUUUUGCGAUCGAUUAAUUAAUUGCUUGAUCGAGAGGAGUAAUCCGUGUGGGACGACCAGAGAGGGAUUUGGACGAAUUUUUCAAGGUAAUUUUAUUCGAAAAAAACAAAGUCGUCGCAGGUGUUGAUGAUCUACUACAAUGGACUUUGUCCCCGAGAAGUAGUCCAAUUGAUCUUGUGAACGAUUCUUUUAACAUAGAUAGCGAUAAAUAAUGGAUGGAAAUAGAAUAAUCGAUUGAAUUAAACGCAGUCUCUCCCCUGGCUCUCGUGGUUUUAUUUAUUAAGAGUUUCUUCAGCAAAGGACUCCGUCUUCCGCAUAUCUAUAUAUACAUAUAUUCUCCUUCGAAAUUCUUUUUCCACGUGGCGAAUCUUUCCUCGAGCAGUUAUAGCUGAACGGUUGAUAUGGCAAUUCCAUUCGUUGCUCACGACGGAAUGUUCGAGGAUAACUCAGGUUUCGACGACUCGUCUUCAUUCCAUAUAGAAACGAAAUAUUUCUUGAUUCAAUGAAACGGAGAGAAUAAUGAAGUCUCUGAAUUUAGUCUUGCUGCAAGCCAAAUUGAUAUAAACGCGAAAUAUCUUCAGUUACAAUCGUUUUAUCGAGUAAAAAAUUGAUUGGAGCGAAGAGGUAUUCUUACACGAUUUGUACCUGAUAACACAACUCUAAGUUUGAUCAGGGGGAUGCGACGGAGAAAGAUUCGUAACAAUGCAGGCCUAAUUUUCACGUGGCACGAAUAGAUCUCCUUUUUAUUUCAACUAUCGAUAGAAUUCUAUUUUAUCUACAACUUUUGCGCUCUUGUUUCCAACGUGUCCGGAUCUUUUGUACGAAUUCGUCCCGAUUCGAACGGUACUACGGUCAUUCUGCCAUUGGAUCAUCCGAUGUUUGUCCCAUCCGAUUGUUUAUGCAAAUGGGAUUAUGAUUUCGCAUUAGGCAUUUAGAACGACACGUGUACGGCAAGUGUAAAUGCUAUGGAUUUUUGUAUAGCUCGGUACUGGUUUUCACGUUAUCAUACACGGUGUCUGGUAAUUCGCGAGAGAAAUAGAGUUAGAGAGAUUUUAUAGAGACGGGGACGAGAGGGGAAUGAUUCUUAUUCGCCUCUUUUUUCAGAUGUAUAAAUAUUUAAUCGAAUGUUAUACGAUAGUAAUUUUAAAUGUUACUUUUUUUUCUCUCUUAUUUCGAGUCGUUAAUAUCGAAAAAUCUUCUCGAUUCCAUUCAAGGGACACCUCGUGCAUAUUUAUAAUUUAUAGCCAGUAGAUGAUGGCUUCUAUUCAUCCGCGGCGAGAGUGUUUCCAGACACGAUGUUUCCUUACGCAUGAAGGCACGAUAUUCUGCAAGCUUUCGAUUGCGAGGGAAAUCAUGGAAGCCGAUUCAAUGGAAACAUCGAAGAAAUAACUUGUAAACCCGUAUCUCCUCGACCAUCGUUUCGAAAUGGAAUUCAAUCUGUCUGGUUUUCAUCUACACUGUUUUAUCGAUAAACGAGAGAAAAACAUUGUGCUCGGUACAACCAGGCCAUCGAUUCACGAUAAGUUUUCGUUCCAACGUUCAAUUUUCCUCUUCUUUCAAUUGGUAAAAAAAAAAAAAAUCGAUGGAAAAACGAAAUAGAUCUCGUUUUUUCAAUUUUGAAAAAUUUCAUUUCCAUCCUCGACAUUCGUAGAUCAUUAUAGUUAUUAAUAACGUAAUUUAUCGUCGUCGAUUUAAAAGUGUUUAAAUAACGAAUAUUACAAAUUUUUACAGUUAAUUUCUAUAUAGACGGAGAAACGUGUCGAUUUUUACGUGUCCGCAUUCGUAUAAUGAUCGUAAAUAAAUAUGUGUCUUUGAUUCUCGCGUUUAAUUUCAAAUUACUUUCGAGCGUGAUACGCGAAUAAACCGGUUCCGUUCUUCGUUCAAACAGUUUUCCCUUGAGAUGGAAAGUAUUUUUAACAAAUUACUCCUGUAACAAUACUCAAACGUUUCCUCGAAACGAUUCUCCACGAAUUCUCUGCGAAACGCUGUAUCGGAAAAAAAAAGAUCGAAAUAACAAAAUUUCAAUGAUUUUCGAUCUCAACGAGUCGAUUAUCCGAGCGUAGAAAAAAAGUAUCUCGAUGAUUGACAGGAUUCUUGCAAUAUAUCGCCAAACGAUCAUCCAACUCGUCGAGAGAACGAACGACGUUAUAACAAUAAUUCACCGAAUACACCGCGGAUAAACGAAUAAUAAAACUUUCGAUUCAAACUCGAAAACUCGAGGAAAAAAGAAACGCGCGAUUCUCGAAUAAUCGCUGAAUAAUCAUCCUCCGAUGAUUAAUUGUAAUUUAAUAAUCCUCGCUAGCCUCGUAACCAUCGUGAAUAAUUCACGCGUGUGGCGGUAAAUAACGUGAUGAUUAAUCGUGUAAAGUUAUCGAGCCACUCGACGCACCGUAUUAGAGCCUUAGGAACGUAAUUAAGUAAUGUAACGAACGCGCUCUAGGCGCUACGAACCUACGAAUCUAGGUUGUCCUAACGACAUACAAAGUAAACAAGUAGCGUGUAAAUUUAAAGUCGGUGCAAAGGAGAGGGAGGGGAUUGGAAACCGGGUAAAAUCCGGCGUGUGUCGGACUUAUUAUCGUGUUUCGACUCGACACGAUGUCCCCUCGUGGAAAGCGCCGACUUUACUCCGUAACGUAAUUUAAAUAGCAACGACAGGCGGCUCGUAAUUCGCGUCCGCCGGUUCGUAGAGUUUAAGAGAAAUCUACUUUACCAUUCGAGUGCACGAGCGAUUUCGCCCGGAGGACGUAUAAUCGUAAUUGUAAAUACAUACUCUUCGGGCGGGGAUCCACCAUUCCCCGGAAUUCUGUCUUUAAAAAUUUGCGUUAAAACGGUUUUUCUUUCCUCUUAAUUCUCUUCUUUCCUCGUCGGAAAUCUGAAAAUUAGAAAUAUUAGUUAAAGAAGAAAGGAAAAAGAAAAUAACAAUGGUAUAUAAUCGAUUGAAAAUUUAAAGACAGUAUUAUCUCGGGGAUAUCGCGUGUAGAUUUAAAUUAGGACGAGGUAAGGAUGUAAGAUAGUCGUUAAGAACUUCGUAAAUCGUUAUUAUUACACUGUACAUAAUAACAAUUAUUACCAUCGUCCCUGAAUAUCCAACUCUACACUCUCUACGUAGUCGCGAAGCGAUUCGAAAAAAAGAUAUUGUAUUUUCGCAAGCAAGCGUCGUGUAAGAAAUGCGUGUUAAAAUUUCAAAAUCUUUCCAACGGAUUGAAACGUAAAUCGUGUGAAAACAACCACGAUUCUCCUGUCGACUAUCCUUUCUCUUAAAUAAGAAGAAAGAAACGAGAGCAUCGUUCCUUCCUUGUUACUCAUCCGCGCAAAAUUCAAAUACAAAUUUCGGUUCACAAUGAUGAUCCCCCUCCCCUCAUUGGUUAUCGAGAUAGCUUCGAGCGCGCUUCGACUUUUCAACCAUCCGCGCGUGGAUGGCCACAAAAUUAUCAACAAUCGAUUCAUCGAUUCAUCUCCCAAGCGACGAAAAAUCGUCAAUCAAAUCAUUUUCGCGUGUAAAAUUAACGGGGAUGCGGAUGAUAAUACACGCGUCGUCGAUUCAUCCCCUCCCUCGCGAGCAAACACGUUCAAAGCACCCUCGAAAAUGUCGACCAGACGUUGGGCUCGGUCUCGUUGGAACCAUUUUACGGAGGGGAGGGGAUCGUGAUUCUCCUUUGAUUGAUUGUGGAAGAAAGAAAAAGAAAGGGGGAGGGGGAAGUAUAAAUUCAGACGCGUUAGAAAUUCCGCUUCUUCCGUUCGAAAACGCUUCUAACGCUUGGCUGGUAUUGAUCCUGGGACACGAAUCUUUUAAAAUUAAACAAUUUCGAUUUAUUUAAUACGGAUAUAUCGCGAUUGUAAUCGUAAAAAGAUUAUAUUCGUGUGAUUUUACGAAUUUGUAUUAUUGAAUUUUGGAAAUAAAGGUCGAAUUUUUUGUUCCCAUUCUUAAAUAAUUUUUAAAAUGCGUUAAUAUUCGUUAAUAAAUUGCACGAGUUCGAAACUUUGUUGAAAUGUCCGUGCCCCAGGUUUAAUCUCGUCCAAUUUUACGCGUGUGAUUCUCCUGCUCGCUGUCGAGUACUCUUCUCAUCCAGCUUCAUCCCUCUUUCGAGUUGCUUCCGCGAGACUCGAGAUCCUCGACUUCCAGCGGACCUGACGAAUUCGCUGAGCCCAGCCCCAACCAACCACUUGAUCGCGAGUUUCAACUAAAUAAUAAGAGUGCUUCGUUACGUCGCAGCGGCAGGAAAGGAUCACCUUUCGUUCCGACGACACAUGUACGUCUAAGCGCACACUAUCGUUCUACGCGAUAAGAGAUAAUAAAUGUAAAAAGAAGAAAAAAAGAAAAAAAAAAAAGAAAAAGAAGAAAAAAAAUAUGUAACAAUGAUGUUUUACGAAAACGAGAUAUUUAUUUCUUAGAGCAUCGUGGCUUCCAGCGUAAUUAAUCGCAGGGGGGAAUGGAACCCAGGACUGCCAAAGAGCGAGAAACUUCUAAAAUGCAUAGGUUCUCCCGCACGAGAUUAAUUCGUGAUCAAUUUCCGUGUUUUCGACUUUCGUUUCAACGAUCCAUCUCCCGUCUUCUCUCGUCUCGCGUCCUUAAAUAUCGCGUUCUCUUCUGUUUGAUAAUUUAUUUUGCAUUUCGAACGAUUCUCCCACUUCCGGUGUCCAUGCGGAUGGAUAUUUUCUUCCAUUAUGCCUAUUUUAUUUACUUGUCGAUUCUUCCAAACUUCAUCAAGAUUAAAAAAAAAAAAAACGUUACCUUCCUCCUGAAUAAUUGAUGAUUGAAGAAUCCUUCUUGGAUAGCAAAUAUAAUUUAUUUCGAUUAUUAAAGUUGAAUCGAAAGCGAAAUGGAGAGGAAGAUAAAUCGUGAAACGAAGGUAUGAGCGUAAACGAAAAACAUCACGUUGCGGACAAGCGUUUCAAAUACUGAGAAUUAAGAAAAAAUAAAAAGAUGUAGCGUUGUAAAUGAGCGGUUAAGAAGAUAAAACGAAGAUGUAACAAAGAUAAAAAUGAAAAAAAAAAAAAAAAAAAAAGAAGAGAA